GGCGGGGCUACGCAGCAUCAUCGGAGCUCGUUUUAUUGUACGGUUGCUGAUGCUGAGAGGUCUCGCUGAGGAAUAUGUAGGACCUUGAUUGCGGAUAUGAGGUUUGGGCACCGUGGCACACCGUGGCGGAUUGUUCUUUAGGUUUUCUCACUAAGAGGAUAAUGAGGAAAAGACGGAGCUGGAAAUGUCAGUGUAACUUGAAGUGAUGGAUACUAAGAGUGUUUGAGGAACCUUACAUCUGACCCCAUGGCUAAGAAAGGCCGUGCCAAGGGCGAGAAGCCUGAAGCGCUCAUCUCUUCCUUACAGGCAGCCAAUGAAGAUCUCAGGUCCAAAUUAACUGAUAUUCAAAUUGAACUGCAUCAAGAAAAAUGCAAGGUGACCAAGCUGGAGCGAGAGAAGGUGCAGGAAGGCAAGCGCAUCCGCGAGCAGGAGCAGCACCGGCACACGGUGACGCUCACGGAGCAGCGCGCUCGCUGGCACGAGGACAAGUUAAAGGAGCUCGCGGCUCUGCGGGAGUCACUGACACGGCAGCACGAGCAGGAGUUAGCGCGAACCGCUAAGAUCAAAGAAGGAGAGAUCCAGCGUCUGCGGACUGCGCUCAGUGCGCUGCGCGACGGCAGCGGAGAGAAAGUGCGCACCGCGCUGACGCUCGAGGCGCGAGAGGAAGCACGCCGCUUCUUUGACCAGGAGCGCGUCAAACUGCUGCAGGAAAUAGCUGAACUAAAAUCCACCAAACGGCAGAAGGAUGAAGCACUUAAUACUGUGAUUCUAGCCGACAAGAUGAAGGCGGGUGACCUGCGCACUGAGCAUCAAGCGCACCAGGAGCAGAUCAACAAGAUCAAGUGGGACAGUGAGCGAGACGUCCGUCGACUGGUGGAUGAGAUCAAGGCGAAGGACCGGACGAUCUUCGCGCUGGAGAAAGAGCUGGAUACAGCCACGGGCUUCGUGCAGAAGCUGCAGCUGCAGAAGGACACGCUUGAUGAGCAGCUGUUUCUGGUCAAAGAGGCAGAAUGCAACCUGGGUAGCCCCAAAAGAGAGAUCCCCGGCCGCGCUGGAGACGGAGCAGAGCACUGUGGGAGUCCGGACAUGAGAAGAAACCAGAAACGCAUGAGUGAACUCAAAUCAACCAUUCGCAAACUGGAGGACCGCAAUUCAAUCUUAGUGGAUGAAAGAAACGAGCUGUUGAAGCGUGUUCGGGAAACAGAGAAACAGUGCAAGCCCUUACUGGAGAAGAACAAAUUAUUAAACAAGAAAAAUGAUGAACUCAGCCUUUCCCUUCAGAGGACAGAGGACAAACUUAAAUCCAUAACCAAGGAGAACCUGGAGAUGAAGGAGAAGAUCACCUCCCAUCCUCCUCUGAAGAAACUCAAGUCUCUGAAUGAUCUGGAUCAGGCCAACGACGAUCAAGAGAUGGAGUUCCUCAAGCUGCAGGUUCUGGAGCAGCAGAGCAUGAUCGAUGAGCUGACACGAGAUAGAGAAAAGCUCCUGAGAAAGAAGAGGCAUAAACGAAGCAGACCCAUAAAGAGGCAUAUUGUUGUAGACACCUUCUAUGGUUAUGAUGAAGAGUCCAUGGAUUCAGAGACGUCCUCCGUGGCUUCCCUGCGCAUGGAUCGAACCCCGGCUACUCCAGAUGAAGAUUUAGACCAGGGUCUGGCGGCUGAAGAGUCUGAAUUGCGCUUUAAGCAGCUGACACGGGAAUAUCAGGCUCUUCAGAGAGCCUAUGCCCUCCUACAGGAGCAGAAAGGAGGAGUGCUGGACGCUGAAAUGGAGGCUAAGGCUCACGAGCAGCUCCAGGCAGACGUUCAAAGGUAUAAAGCUAAAAUUGAAGACCUGGAGAAAGAGCUCGCGUUAAAAGGACAGGACUCCAGAUGGGUGGAAGAGAAGCAACUGUUCCUCAGACGCAAUCAAGAGCUUCUGGAGAAGAUUGGAAAGUGUGAGAAUGAAAACGGAAAGCUGCAGCAGGAGCUACAGGACUCUAAAGAUCAGAACGAACUGCUGGAGUUUCGCAUCCUUGAGCUGGAGGAGCGUGAGAGGAGAUCGCCUCCGUUUAACCUCCACAUCCACCCGUUCUCCGAGGGAGUGAGCGCGCUGCAGAUCUACUGUAUCAAGGAGGGCGUGAAGGACGUGUGUAUACCAGACCUCAUCAAGCUGCUGGAUAUACUCGGAGAUAACGGGAACUUGAGGAACGAGGAGCAGGUGGCCAUUAUUCAAGCCAGUACCGUGCUGUCGCUCGCUGAGAAGUGGAUUCAGCAGAUCGAAGGCACAGAAGCAGCUCUGCAUCAGAAGAUGAUGGACCUGGAGCUCGAGAUGGAGAUGUUCUGCAAACAGAAGGGUUAUCUGGAGGAGGAGCUGGACUACAGGAAGCAGGCGCUGGAUCAGGCAUACAUGCAAAUCCAGGAGCUGGAGGCGACUCUGUACAACGCUCUGCAGCAGGAUAAAGUGAUCAGAUACGGAGAGCCUCUGGACGAGCUGCAGAAGGACGAGUUACGCACGGCGGUGGAGAAGCUGCGCAGACAGAUGCUGAGGAAGAGCCGAGAGAUUGACUGUCAGGUGCUGCAGGAGAGGAUGGAGCUGCUCCAUCAGGCCCAUCAGAGGAUCAGAGACCUGGAGGACAAGACUGACAUUCAGAAGAGACAGAUUAAAGAUCUAGAGGAGAAGUUUUUAUUUCUGUUUUUAUUCUUCUCUCUUGCCUUCAUUCUUUGGCCUUGAUGUCUGUGACAUCUCCUGCGGAGGAUCUGAAGCAACCAGGAGCUGUCGCAUGCAACUGCAGUCGUCCGGUUGUAAUGACUCAAGGUGUAUUAGUGGCUGUUUUGUUUUGGUGUGUGGAAAUGGGAAGUUCAGAGUUAAUGAUUGUAUACUACAUUGGGAUUAUCUGGAUUCAACCUCUGUGAAGGACCAGCACAGAGCUCUUGAAAUCACACUUACAGAUCAAUACAAGUGUGACCAAACAUAAUCAUCAACCUACCUAGAGGAUUAUAAAUUAUCUCUGCCAUGCAGAGACCCGUCAUGACCACGUCUUUACUGCAUCUACUGCGACUGCUACCAACCAGAACCCACAGACCGGUUUCUUUCUCACUCACUCUGUCUGUUUCUUUGUCUGUUUCUCCUCCUACACACACUUUGGUAAAUUAGAAGUGAAAUGGAUGCCUUUGCAGACACACUCACACACACACACACACACACACACACACACACAUCCUCUCACAGGAGUUUUGUGUGGUGACUCAGGGCCUGUUAGUGAAGAGACCGUCGCAUCUCUGUUAUCAGGACCCCUUAGGAGAGGUGUCUUACUUACUGCCUAAAAAACAGAACGGACAAAGAGACAGAUUGAGAGAGAAAGCAAGACCAUCCACUACAAACCAUUCACACUAGCAGUUUACCCCUAGAAAGUUGAGUAGACUGAAAACUAAUUCUGAGCAGCCUGGUUCCCUUCCAAGGGAACUUCGAACUGCGUCCUCUAGGGGGUACUAUGGAGAACACAUUGAAAUGCAUUGAAAAAACACCAACUUGUUGGCCGGCCAUAAACAGGCACCGGAGAACAUAUCAUUCUCUUCUUUGUCUUCACUGACUGUUCUGUUUGAAGCGUGCAUGUGAAAGAACUGGUAAGAGUGAUCUUUCUCUGUAUAUCAUGGUGACUACUAGCAAGCGUUUAGACAAUGUGUGCAUCCGUGUCUGCGUUAUUUGACACCCGAUUUUAUCUUUCUGCGGGGGAGACAUCCUCUCUUAAGCUCCCUCCUUGCCAUCUUUCUCCUGAUCAGGUAUCCGAGCUGCGCCGCACCACCGAUCUCUCUCCAUGCUACCAAGCAGGCCGCCUCCGCCAUGGGCAGGACUAUGGUGGCCAUGGUGGCAUUGGAGAGACGUCUAUGGAUGAACCUGGGAAGACAUCGGGAAGAAAGAAAAGGCUUUCUUCUCGAUACUCAGGUUUUGCCUUCGGAGCUUUUCGGUAUUUCCGUUGAGAUGGCGAUUUGAGAAGUUCAGGGAGAUGAAGGUGUGCUCUGCUGCUUUCAAAUCCUUCGUUCCACAAAGGUCCAGGUCUGAGCCCAGGGGCAACUCCCAUGGAAAUGGUAGAGUUGGUACUUAGUGCUCGCCAUGAUUCUGGCCUGCACUCCCCUCAGCAUGGCGGUGUGGGUAUACUGUUCCCCAUAGCGGCCCCUAGAGGACACAGUUUGAAGUUCCCUCGAAAGGGAACGUCUCAGGUUACGAACAUAACCAUGGUUCCCUGAGUAGGGAACGAGACACUGUGUCCUCUAGCUCCCUGCCAUGCUUCGGAUGCAAGCUUCAGACUAAAAGUGAAUGACGUGUUCUCCCGGUGCCUGUUUAUGGUCGUGCCGGUAGUGACGUUAGAGGCUGUAGCCAGCCAACUAGUUUGUGUUUUUUCAAUGUAUGCUUCAGACACGGGUCACGACGAGCUGUUCCCCAUAGCGACCCCUAGAGGACACAGUGUCUCGUUCCCUACUCAGGGAACCAUGGUUACGUUCACAACCUGAGACGUUUUUACAUAAAAUAAAAUAAAAAUCCUCGUAUUGGGCCUCAUUCCUCCAUCACAAGCAAAAUGUUGUUGUAAAUCAUUCUUUAAAACAUUCUUAUGUAAAUGUUCAUGCAGCAAAACUAUUGUUGCACAGCUUAAGCAACUAAAUCCAUUUUUAUAUAACAUGCUACAGUUUACGAAAGGUUGUGAUGAAAUGGCAGUAGCGAGAAAACUUUUAUUCUGUAUUGUGACCUUCAUCCAAAUAUAACAGAUUAUAGAAAAUAAAAAAUGUACUUGGUGUUAUGCAUAUAUUGGUUGUUGAUUGGAUUUUUCGAUGGGGGCAUUGCACUUGAAUAAAUGAGCUUGCAGUCGAUUGUAAAACAGGAGAAGACUGAUUCUGUAUGAUUGGAGAAAUUGUGCAUACAUUACCAGAGUAAAGUCUGUCUGAUGAGUCACCAGAAGAUCCAUCUAUGACAUUUUGGUUUUAAAAUUGCACAUCAAAAAUGGAAGCAUGUUUCCACCACUGAAUAAAAAAGAAAAAAGUUUAUUGCAACUUCUUAUCUCACAAUUAUGACUUUUUUUUCCAACAGACGUGUUAUAAAAACUUACAAUUUAGUGUAAACUUGAAAUGACAAUGUCAGAACUAAAAACUCAUAAUUGGGAGAAAAAAGAUAGAAUUGUAUGAUUAUAUCUCUCAUUUCAGACUUUUAUCUAACGAUUCAGACUUUAUUUCUCACAAUUGAAUUUUUAUAUGAUGCAAUUCUGUAAAAAAAAAUCUGGAGUGUAAAUCUAAGCUCGCAGUCUCAAAAAAAAAAAAAAAAAAUUUGAAUUGUGAAAAAAAUUGAAUUGAAGUGAAUUGUGAGAUAAAAAUCGCAGUUUUCUCUUUUUAAUUCAGUGGCGGAAACAGGCAUCCAUGUAUACAUCAACAAAGCACUCAGAAUAAGAUAUAUAACAUGUAUUUGGAAAAUAAAUGGGUUGAAUUUUUAUUGCUUGAACUGUUCCUGUGUAAAUGAUUGUACCACAUGACAGUUAAAGUUGUUUUAUAAUAUACUGUCGCACCAUGCACAUUUACAUAAGUACAACCAUUCAAAUGCAACUUUAUGAAAGUAAAACUGUUCUUGUAGAAAGGCAAAUGAAGCAUAUGCAACAAAUAAUUUGUAUUAUUAAAAGUUGCACCAUGUGUUUACACGGGUGAAACCAUUCACAUCACAACAGUCACAUCAUGUAACAGUUUCACUUAUAAAACUAUUCUUGUGUCACAUAAAGACAAUACAGACUCUACAUAAGAACAGUUUUACAUUUGAUUCCCAUAAUUCUGCUUGUGGUUUAUGAAUGAGGCCCAUUGUCCAAUAAUAUUCAAUGUUUAUGAUCAACAGUACCUCUUUCUGACUGCAGUGUAAUAUAUAUAUAUAUAUGUUUGUUGAUAUGUACAUGUAUCUGAUGUGAAUACACUUCUGCUCCUGCAGCUUGAGCAAUAGAGUCACUUUGCAGUUUAGAAUUUAUUUAUGACUAUAAAUUGUGACUUUCUGCCUUCCUCAAUUAUCCCUGUAUUUACUCAUCUCUUCCCUAAGCCUUGUUCUUUUCUACUCUUUCAAAUGAACAGCUGUAGCAUACGAGCAGGACUUUCACUAACUGGUUUUUACUGAAUGAUCUUUCUAACUCCCUUUAAUUGGCUGUGUCUCUGGCUUGUAAAUAUGUGUUUGGGGCAUUCUGUAUAACCGGUUUGGCUUCAUUUCAUUAAAGUCUAAAUAUCUCCUCAGAAA